AUGAUUUUCGACAUCGACAGUAAUGGCAGUACGCGUCGCGUACUAACGGCGAAAGAGCCCUCGCUGCUCUUAAUCCGACCAUCCUCGCCGACAAUAGCUCGUCGGGACUCCUUCCUCCCUCCCCGCCACCGUCGGAGCUACUCAGCAUCCGACGCUUCCUGCUGCAGCGGGAGGUUCGGCGAGUUGGCCGGAGGUACGACGGCGGAGUGCGCGGCGAUUGCAUGUUGCUGCCCCUGUGGACUCGCAAAUCUUCUCUUCCUCACCAUCUACAAAGUUCCUGUGGGACUCUGCAAGAAGGCUAUGCGGCGAAAGAGGCAGCAACAUCUGAUGAAGAAGGGACUCCUCCUCCCACGCGCCCGACGAUGCCAGUGCGGCUGUGACAACACCGAGGUUCAGAUUCACCCGAUCCACGGUGACCCUCAGUCUUUCGACCUCCAGAUGAUGAUGGGGAUGCACUUGGAAUUUGAUGAGGACGACCUCGAUGCCACCACGAAAAAGCUCCGCUCUGGCGGAGGGGAGGAAAUGAUGAAGCUAGAGAAGGAGAUGUGGGAGACUUUCUACGACACCGGGUUUUGGAGGAGCCCAUCACAAAGGGAGGCUCUCGGUGUUGUCGGCGGUGGAAAGAGGAACAGUAUCCCCUCAGUCUUCGAUGAGUCCAACAACCCUAGAGAAUCAUCAUCCACGCUUAGAAAAAUGUAA